CAGAAAAAAUUAAUGCGAUAAGUAAUCCGAUGCCAUCCACAAUGAAAGAAUCAGGCUGGGAAAACCCACGACCACGAGCGAUGUUUUCAAGAAAUACCAAUGAUGACAUUAAUGGUGAUUCAUCUAUAAUACAUGAUUCCUUAAAUUUACAUCAGAAUAACCAAGAAACUAAUUUAGAUUUUGUGAAAAGUAGAUGGGGCCCAGGUGCUAACCAUAAUCAAAGUUCUCUUCCAUACAGUGAGGUGCUAACAGUGUCUGAAUUAGAGAAGGAAUUUCACAGGCUCACAUUUGAAAAAGAUAAUAGCCAGGAUAGAGUGUGGAAGAAGCCAUCAGGCUCUAGUGACGUGUCGGCAUCUGGCAGCAACAUCAUGUUUGGUAACAUGGAUACCAACAGCCUGUGGCUCAGCAAUAAGGAAGACAACUGGAGUGGAAAUACAGGUGACACGUUAGGAGUAAAUAUGGCUGAAUAUGUGCUAGGUGCAUCACCUCACAGAGAACUUGUUGAACGUGGUCUGUCCAACAGAUAUGCCAGUGUAAACGACGGGGAUCGAUCCAAGUUGCUAUUGAACAGUGUUGCUGCUGGGUUUGAAGAAACAAAUCCAGAUUCAACUACUGACUGUGGAAUCAAUGGCAACAUCAGCAAUGGAUUGGAGAAUAAGUUGUACAGACUCCAAUCAGGGUCUCAGUUAUCCAACCAGAUGCACUCACCAGCAAGCAGUGAUCUCACUUCAACGAUUAUCCCCCUGUCUAAUUCAGGCGGCCAGUCAAAGCAGCCAGGAAUGUCGGAUCAUCUGUUCGAUCAUCCAUUCAUCAACCCAUCUCAUAAUCUUGGAUUCCCAAUGUCACAAUUUCAGCAGCAUCCUCAAAUGUCGUUGCCACUUCUUUCAAACUUCCACCCGGAGAGUUUAUUGCUAU